GCUGCUUCCGGCAGGGGCGUGGCUGCUUCCGGCAGGGGCGCGAUGGCGGUGGCGCGGCGGCCGGUGCCCACGUGCCUGCUGCUGGGGGCGGCGGGCGGCGGGAAGAGCCUCGUGGCGCGGCGGCUGCGUCAGCUGAGCACCGAGGACGGGGCCACGGAGCUGGGCGCGCCCCCGGCCACGCUGCCCACGGUGGGCACCAACCUGAGCGACCUGCGGCUGCCGCGGCGGGCGAGGCUGCGGGAGCUGGGCGGCUGCAUGGGCCCCAUCUGGCCCAGCUACUACGGCGAGUGCAGCGCUGUCCUGGUGAGCGGCACCGGGACCCGACACCGACGGCCGCGGCCCCAGGGACGGGCCCGGCCCGGGGGAGGCGGGGGGACGCCCAUGGCCGGGGCUGCCCCUGCUCCGGCUCUGCUGCGGGGAGGCGGCUCCCGAUUUCAGCCCCGGUUGCCUGAUUUCCCUCCCCGGGCUCUCCCACCGCCGCUCUCCCCUCUGUCCCCGCAGUUCGUGGUCGAUGCCGCCAACCCCACGCAGGUGUCCUCGUCCUGCGUGCAGCUGCUGUCCGUGCUGUCCGCAGCGCCGCUGGCCGCCGUGCCUGUCCUCGUCCUCUUCAACAAGAUUGACCUGCCCUGCUACAUGUCGCUGGCGGAGAUGAAGUCGCUGUUCCGCAUGCAGGACGUUGUCUCCUGCGCCACGCAGCCCAUCACGAUGCUGGAGACCAGCGCCCGCGACGGCACCGGCCUGGCCGACGUCCUGCGGUGGCUCCGGGCCACGCUCGGGGACGCCCGGUGACCCCAGCCCUGUGGCAGCGCCGGCGGCUCCUGGCACACGAGGCGGCUGUUGAGCAGCUGCCCUGCGCGGGGCUGGGGACGGGACAGGGUCACGGGCUGGCGUCGGCCCUGGCCCCGCGGGACGUCGCAGUAAAAACUUCACCACGCUCCA